AUGUCCAGCAAGUCUGUAGACAAUGACUGGUCCCCAUUUGUCUUGGCCUCAGUUUUUAUCAUAGGCGUUGGAUGCACAGCCGGUGUCAUUGCAAAUGGAUUCAUCGUGGCUAUCUAUGUAGCUACGUGGAUUCAGAAAAAGACACUUUCAACAAGUGGCAGGAUUCUGGUUUUCCUGAGUGUAUCUAGAAUAGUUCUCAACAGCCUUAUGAUACUAGAAAUUAGUUUAGUCUCUACGUUCUCGCUUACUUUUUUCAAAGAUAGAUUCUAUACGCUAUUCAAGAUAAGUUUUAUAUUUUUACAUUAUUGUGGCCUCUGGUUUCCUGCCUGGCUCAGUUUCUUCUACUUCAUGAAGAUUGCCAAUUUUUCCUCCUCACUUUUCCUCAAGCUGAAGUGGAGAAUUUCUGGAUGGAUUCCCCGGCUCCUGUGGCUCUCUGUGCUGAUUUCCUUCAGCUGCAGCCUGGUUUUCUGCAAGGACACCAUCACGCUGUUCAAUGAUGAUUCUCAUGGUAUCCGUUUCCACAAUUCCACGAAGGGGCUAUCCCACAUUAAGACCAAUAUGACCAUCGUGGCUCUCUUCAUUAGCCUGAGUAUCCUGGUUCCUCUGAUCAUUUUCAUUGUGGCGGCCACCAUGCUGAUCAUAUCUCUCAAGAGACAUACCCUGCACAUGAAAAGCAGAGCGACGGGCUCGCGAGAUCCAAGGAUGGAAGCCCACAUAGGGGCCAUUAAAGCAACUAGCUACUUUCUCAUUCUCUACUUUUUCAAUGCAGUUACUCUAUUUCUUGCUAUAUCUGAUAUCUUUAAAAAUAGUUCUUUCUGGACUAUUCUGCUCAGAAUCUCCUUGAUCACCUACCCAACUGCUCAUUCAGUUCUACUGAUUCAGGACAACCCCGGGUUAAAGAGAGCGUGGAGGAAGCUUCAGUCUCAAAUUCAUCUUCACCCAGGAGAGUGGAUUCUGAGAUAA